CCUCUCUUUUCCCUCAGGCUUGUGGGGGAAGGGCUCUCGUCUCGCCUUCCCCCUACCCCUCAGCCCGGUUUAAUUUAUUUAGGUAAACACGGUCCCACUGCCCAAACAUAGAGAGCCAAAAAGAGGAAAAACUCCCACCCGAGGGACCCACAAACAACCUACGACUUCCCCUGUGAACUCCAGCAUGAACUCCACCUUCCUCCUUCGACGCCCAGAGCACUUCCCGCUCAAACCCACGACGCAUGCGCAGGUCCGACCAGGUCCCUCCUGAAGACUGCAUGAGGAGCCGCCCCUUCAUUGGACAUGGGACGGGCUCCAGAAGCCCUCCCCACCCCGCUCCUGAAUAAUUAGUCGAGACCCUGCUCCGUGAUUGGUCACCACCUCAACAAUAUGUAAAUGAGCCCCUCCCCCCAGGCUCCUCCAUCCAUCAGUCAACGGUUACUAACGGUUCUUAGGGGCGCGCGCACUGCCCAGUAAAGAUUGACAGCGCCUGCGCGAACUACUUCCUCGCCCUUAGGAGGCUCCUCUUCCUUCCCCUCUUCGGUCAGCCCAGUGCCCCAGGAUAAAGGAGCCCAUGCUGCCCAGGUGGAACCAGGCCCUGCUGGGUCAGCUGCUCCAGGGAGUUCCUGCCUGGGGACCCAGGAGAAAGAGCCACCAGAAGAGCUUGCCUGAGCAGGAUGGCAUUCCCUUUCGCAGAGCUGUCAUUGGCACAUUUUUCCAAGGGCAGCCCAGCCUUGGCAACCAGUAUUUGGAGGACGCUUUGCUCAGGGGCUAUCUGAAGAGGCAUCUGCCCCCCCAGGUCUUUGCAGAAGCAAACCAGGACCUGCAGAGGUUUGGGGCCCGAGUGUCAGGUGAGAUCCUCUCCUUGGGGCAGGAAUGUGAGGCAAUGCCCCCAAGACUGCAGCAGUUUGAUGCAUGGGGAAAGCGGGUAGACCUCAUCCUCACCUGUCCAGCUUGGAAGAAACUAAAGGGGAUUUCUGCUGAGGAGGGGUUGAUUGCCAUAGCCUAUGAGAGGAAACACUCCAACUGGAGCCGAGUGUACCAGGCAGCCAAGUUAUUCAUGUUCUCUUCCUCCUCUGGAAUGUUCACUUGCCCCCUGGCCAUGACUGAUGGUGCCACGAAGGUCCUAGAGGUGAUGAAAAGCUCAGGGCCACCAGGAGAAGCUUUCAGUCAUCUGAUCUCUCGAGACCCAAAGCUCUUCUGGACUUCUGGCCAGUGGAUGACCGAACGCAAGGGAGGCUCUGACGUGGCCCAUGGGACUGAGACAGUCGCCUGCAAGCAGGAUGAUGGUACAUACAAACUCUAUGGAUUCAAGUGGUUCACCUCAGCGACAGAUGCCGACAUGACAAUGGCUCUUGCCCGGAUCAUGGAUGCUCAGGGCUCUGUGACCAAGGGGACCCACGGGCUGUCCCUCUUCUUCUUGAAGCUGAGAGAUGAGCAGGGAGAACUGAAUGGCCUCGAGGUACAACGUCUGAAGGAGAAGCUGGGUACUCACCAACUGCCCACUGCUGAACUGCUGCUGGAUGGUGCCCGAGCACAUCUGGUUUCCCAAGUGGGCCGAGGGGUGGCCACCAUUGCCAACAUGCUGAAUGUCACCCGGAUAUACAAUUCCAUAGGUGCUGUGGGCUCCAUGAGGAGGAUGGUUUUCAUGGCUCGAGACUAUGCCACCCAGAGGUUUGUGUUUGGAAAGUUCAUCAAAGACCACCCGUUGCACACCCAGACACUGGCCCGGAUGGAGGUGCAGGUUCGAGGCGGGUUCCUCUUGGUUAUGGAGCUGGUCAAGUUACUUGGCCUGGAAGAGACCAAUAUGGCAACCACACAAGACUCUCACCUCCUCCGACUGCUGGCGUCUGUGGCCAAGCUUUACACUGGAAAGCAGGCAGUUGCCAUUGUCUCUGAGGGGCUGGAAUGCUUUGGUGGACAGGGCUACAUGGAGGACACAAACUUGCCGAUUUUUCUUCGGGACAGCCAGGUGCUGACCAUCUGGGAGGGAACCACCAAUGUCCUCGCCCUGGACACUCUACAAGUCCUGGCUAAGAGUCAGGGCCAAGUGCUGCAGGCCUUCUCAGCAUCUGUCCAGGACAAGGUGGCCUCGGCCUCAGACCGCUCCGAGCUGGCUUCUUCCGUCCAGUGCCUGCAGGAGGCCCUUGGGAGGCUGGCCUUGCAGCUGGAGAAGCUCCUAGGGCAGGGCAGCACUUCCAUGGAAAUGGCUGCCAGGGACCUGGCCUACACCUUGGCUCGCAUCUACAUAGGGGCCCUUUUGAUAGAGCAUGCAGCCUGGGCUGAGGCUUCUCCUUCUGACAUCUAUGCUUCACAGAGAUGGUGUGAACAAGACCUCUGCCCCUUGGACACUGCUCAACAGGCUGGCUGCUAUGAGGCCGAUGCUGUUUCCCGAGACAUAGACCUGGUCUAUGAGGGAAGCCCUACUUUCAAAAGAAAGGGAAGUGCCCAGGCUUCCCCCCAAACAGAAGUCUAAGCAUGGUGGAGCCCCCAAAAGAAUGUUUAACAGGAGGGAAACGUUAAGGUGCUCGACCUGUCUGAAACAUGCCACGUGCCCCCAAGGACCAGCAUGUCUUUAAUGACUUGAACCCUUAAUGUUCAGGAAAAAGAUCUGUAAAUAGUUCUUAAAACAUCCCUUAGUUUUGAUGCCUCAUAAGGAGUCACAAUUGUAUAAAUGGAGAUUUUGAACCUUUGACUUCACUCCCCAGAAGUCCUUAGUAUUUUCCAAAAUUCCCUAUAAUCUCUCCUGCGUCUCCAUGUAGGCGAGAUCACAUCAUUGGUAUUUAACUGGCUAUACCUCCUCCCACGCCCUCUUUGGCAUGAUGCAGCAAUUAGCAGUGAUGGUGGUAGGGUGGAGAAUAUUGAAAAUGGCUAACCAGCCAUGGACAUGUAUUAUUUUGUAUUCUCUUUAUUUCCUGAUUUAUAAUAAUCAUUUAAUAAAUCCUCCCUAAGAUAUAAUAUUUUCAUUCU